CUCGUUCACCAUUACCCGACGUCUAGUCAUCGCGCGAUCCCUACAGCGGCCCAAAUUCCUUGCUGCAACCAGGAAUUUAUAAAAGCAGCUUCUUCAUGAUGAGUUACGCUGAAAAGCCUGAGGAUAUUUCAAAAGAUGAGUGGAUGGACAAACUGAACAACGUGCACAUCCAGCGAGCUGAUAUGAACCGACUGAUCAUGAACUACUUGGUGACAGAGGGUUUUAAAGAGGCUGCAGAGAAAUUCCGUAUGGAGUCAGGCAUUGAGCCAAGCGUGGAUCUGGACUCCUUGGAUGAGCGGAUAAAGAUCCGUGAGAUGAUUUUAAAAGGUCAGAUCCAGGAAGCAAUCGCUCUCAUCAAUAGCCUUCAUCCAGAGCUCCUCGACACCAACCGCUACCUGUAUUUUCAUCUACAGCAACAGCACCUUAUCGAGCUGAUCCGUCUGCGGGAGACGGAGGCGGCGCUGGAGUUUGCCCAGACCCAGCUGGCGGAGCAGGGGGAGGAGAGCCGCGAGUGCCUGACUGAGAUGGAGCGCACACUGGCCCUGCUGGCCUUCGACAACCCAGAGGAGUCACCCUUUGGAGAUCUUCUCAAUAUGAUGCAGCGGCAGAAGGUAUGGAGUGAGGUAAACCAGGCGGUACUGGAUUAUGAAAACAGAGAAUCAACACCAAAACUGGCGAAGCUGCUGAAGUUACUGCUUUGGGCACAGAACGAACUGGAUCAAAAGAAAGUGAGAUACCCCAAAAUGACAGACCUAAGCAAGGGCACAAUUGAAGAUCCCAAGUAGAAUGAAAAACAAAAUGGACACCUACACUCAUUUUUCUUUUUAUUUAUGAACAGUUAUGGACUGGACUAUAUAUUAUAUAUUAUAAGACUGUAUGUAUAAAUAUAUACACUUUGUUGAUGCUUUUGAGAGAAUUUACAUAAUCCAAGGUACAAACUGUAUAUGGCUCUAUUUCAAAACUAAUUAUCACUACAGAAGUAAUACUAUAGCAUAUACACAAAGUCUGAGGCUUUUUAAUUGUCACUACUGGGUUAACUUAACAGUAUUUACCACUGUUUUAUGUUUGAGCAUCAUGUUCAUUUUUACCGUUUUUAAACCACUGUUUUGCAUUGAGUGUGCAGGGGGAUCAUUUGUACAUACAGUGUGAGCUCUUAUGCCUAAAUUAGGCUUUGUAAUGGACGGUGAGGUACAUUUACCUGUGUUUUUUGUUAGGUCCAUUGCUUUAAGGAUUGUUUUGUAUUUCAAAGAAAAGACCGUAAGAUUCUUCUUCAACUGUGGACUGGCAGGGUUGAGCGUUGCUUGGCUGUUCUUGCUUGUCUGAUGCAGCUGAUCUGACUUCAUGUCUGACUUGAAAUUCACUUGAUGGAAUUUAUGGUCAGAUCUGUCAUUUAGACUUUCUGUCUCUAGUGGAACAACUGAUUUUUUUUCUCUGCUUUUUUUCUCAUCUCUGAAUAGGGAGGGUUUGUGUGAAUUUUCAGUAUGUGGUUCUUUUUAAGUUAUCUGGAGGUACUGAAAGGUAAAUGCUUUCCAUACACAGUCAUUUUGAUCCCAGUUUUUCUAGUCAUACAUGUGGUGAUUAAAUUUGUACGUUUUCAUUAUUUACUAUGAACCGGUAAUGCCUUGUAAAUGCUUUGUAAUUAUUAUUAUUAUUAUUUUUUAUUUUUUUUUUUUUCAUUUUUAAACCAGCUGCUAUGUCUUUUCUUUGUCAGUUUUGCUGCCAUUUCAUUGUAGGGGUUUGCUCAUGCGUACACACAAACCACAAAAGCAAAGUCCAUAUUUUGAAAAGUUUUUGAGAAGAUAUUUACAGAUAUAGGCUAAUAAAAUGAUGUGAACAAAUGCCAA